GUAAUUUUUCACAUUAAAAUAUGGGGAACUCAUUAAACGGGCCAAUUCUGUACUGUUAUUAUAGCUAAUGGUCAGUGAACCCUGUCUAAUAUUGGUGCAUUAUUUAGAAAAAGAACAACUAAUUGCAGACCGUGCCUUUGAAUAUUUCACAGUUCCCCAAACCCCGUUGUUUUGACAAAAUUAAAUCGCAUCGUUCUGCCCAUUCUUGUAAUUUCUUGUCAGUCCGGCAGUUAUUGGCUCUCCGGAGUAUGGCAUUCCACCUCAUGCUUUAGUGCUGCCAUACCUUGCAGCGUAGUAUCUUUUGUCUUCUUCAUGUUAUCCUCACAGAGAUAGACCGUGAAUAUGGCAAUUUAUCAACAUGGAUGCAUCGCCUCUCAUGAUGGUUUUGACAGCAAAGCCAGAAUUUUGCGCGUAUCUGAUAGCUCUUCUCAUCUCAUGCUUAGCGCUAAGUUACAGAUGUGACACUUCGCAAGGUGUAGUUGUUGCUGUUGGACAUUUUAAUUUAUCCUACAGCUAUAGUUUUAUUGUCAAUUGCUUAGCCGACAGCUUUACAUUAAAUAAGAGAUCCGAAAAUAAGCAAUGUAAUUACUGUUUCCGUGAAUAAAACACUCUGUACUUUAUUCAUAUUGACAGAUUCAAUUUGUUUUCAUUCUAUAAUGAUUAAAACUUUCACCGAAAAGGCCUCACUCAGACAGCAUCCUACCAAUCACCAGCACGAAAGCUGGUUCGAUUUUACAGUGAUAUUUUGACCCGUCUCCA